AUGCGUCUCCUCGAUGGGGUCUAUCCAUCGCUGGUCCUUCGUUUAUUUAAUUGCCACCUACUGAUCGCAAUCACCCAUGUUUUGCGACCUUGCUUCGCCGCGUACGCAUCUUCCGAGCCUUUCGUUGCGACGACGAGCACUGAUUUCUUCGGGUACGAUGGCUCAUGGUCCGCCGUCACUAUCCGUGUUGGCACACCGGAACAGUGGUUAUAUGUCCUUCCGAGCACACUUAGUCAAGAGACGUGGGUGAUAGGACCAGCUGGCUGCGAUGGAACCACCACUUGCGAGUCCAAAAGAGGAGGUUUAUUCUUCGCAAAUGAAUCAUCCACGUUUCAGCCUAUUGGCUUCUACGACCUAAACUUCGACUCUCAGCUUGGGAACGCGGGAUACGGGAACUACGGGCUGGACACGUUGUGUCUCGAUGAUACGACUUCAGUUUCUGACCAGAUUAUUGCGGUAGUCAAUUCGACUGAGCAAUGGAUCGGAAGCCUGGGACUUGGGGUUCAAGAAACACGAUUCAAUGGCACGUCGAAUUAUUUGCCCUUGCUUUCCAGCCUGGCUCAAGAUAGGAUCCUGAUACCCAGCCAUAGCUAUGGCUACACUGCUGGAGCUUCUUAUCGCUUGAAAUCUGUCCCGGCUUCACUAAUCUUUGGAGGCGUGGACACAAAUCGCUUCACGCCCAACAGUUUCACCUUCUCCUUGAGCUCUGACUACGCGCCCGUCGUCGCCAUCACUUCCAUUGAUGUCUACUCUGGAGGGAUCGACAUACCGGACGCAUGGGACUCCAAUCCCCAGACGCUCCUUAAUAGCUCCCAGGCUGCCUUGUUCACAAUCGACUCCUCGACUCCUUUCUUAUGGUUGCCGGAGACAGUCUGUGAUGCUUUUGAAUCUGCUUUGAAUCUGACAUAUGAUGAUGAUUUGCAACUCUACGUUUUCCCCAACGAUAGUACUUCAUCACCCGAAGCUCUUGCAGCUCUGAAUUUGACUUUCAGCUUCACGCUUGCUGAGCUGCCAAACUCACCUGAGGGUAUCACAUUCAAGUUACCGUACGACGCCUUUAAUCUUCAGCUCUCUUACCCUUUUCCGAACCUCGACGCAAACUUCACGUCACCAGCCACGAAUUAUUUCCCUCUACGAAGAGCUGCAAACUCGAGCCAGUAUACCAUUGGACGUGCUUUUCUACAGGAAACCUAUCUGACAGUCGACUAUGAGCGCAACAACUUCUCCGUCUCACAGGCCGUCUUCACAUCAGAUGCGGUCAGCCAUGUCAACCUCAGCGCCAUUGUAGCUCCUGACAAUAGCAAAUGGCCCGUGCCUGAAAGUGGCGGGGAAUCUGGAGGCCAAUAUGGCGGUCUCUCCACUGGAGCGAAGGCAGGAAUCGGGGUGGGCGUUGCUGGCGGAGUUCUAACAAUCGCGGUCCUCCUCUGGCUCUUCUGCUUCCGCCGAAAGAAUGCCAAAGAAGCGGUGUCGACUGAGAAGCCCAAGCGGCGGGGAAUCCUCGCCAGAUUGAACCGAUCGCUAGGUUCGAAGACAUCGGUCUCUGAGCUGCUUGGUGACAAGCGCCAUCCCACAGAAGUGCCCGCAGAUUCAUCCGUUACUCGAUUCGAACUUUCGGGAGAUACGCCAGCGGAAAUGCCAGCUGCACCAGUGUCGCCGAGUUUCUUCGCAAGUACCCAGACUGGCUCUCGGGGCUCGAGGAACUCCACGCGACAACCAGCAGAGCUCGAGCACCGCGACUCGACAACGAAGGGCGAUGACCUAGCUGUCAGUGAGCGGUCAAGGUCUCCCGCACCCCCGUACUCUCCAGCUGCGGCCAACAACCAUCCUUUCAGCAACGGUAUCAGUCCGUACAGUGCCAGCAAUAGCCAUGGCCUUGGGACACAUUCUUCUGGAGAGCAGGGUAUCAGCCCAGUUGGUGCUGGCAGCGGCGGUCAUUCAAUGGGCUCGAGCAAUAGCAACAACCGGAGUUUGCCGAGUCCUGUAUCUCCCGAUGAUAUGCACAGAACUCGAGGACCGAGCUUACGCGACUCGCAGACAAGCCCAUCGCGAACUGAUAGUCUCUUAGUUCCGCGGCUGAAUGGUCGGCCGCCGUCUCGCUCACCUAGCACCGGAAGCCGGUUUCGAGAAGAAGGACUAGGCGGGUCGGGAGAAGAGCAGACUACUACGCCCCCAAGAACUGGACAACAAGGAGCACGGUUCAGCUGGGAACAGUAA